AUGUCUAAGCCAUCCAGGUCACCCAACAUCGUCGUCGUCGUCGUCGCCAGCGGAGCCUCCCAAUCGACCACGAUCUCGCCGUCCCGUCGUCUGCCGCAGCCUGCAUUCGACCCCGAAACCACGAGCCGCAAUCACCAAGCGCACCGAAACACAAGAAUGGCCUCCCUCGCCGCCUCAUUCAGGGCGCUGUCCCUCGCGACCGCCCGCCCGCAAUGCUGCGCCGCCGCCGCCGCGAAGCUCGCCGUUGCGAGCCCCAUGCGCGCCAACAUGUCGACGGUGAUUAUGACGAGGCAGCCGAUGGCCAAGACGGAGGCGUUGUUUGCGAAGAAGAGCGCCGCUGCUGCUGUUGCGGGCGCGGUGGCGCAGCAGACGAGGGGGAUGAAGGUGCAUUCUUCGGUGAAGAAGAGGUGUGAGCACUGCAAGAUCGUCCGCCGCAAGGCCGGCAAGCGACACAACGGCUAUCUCUACGUCAUCUGCAAGGCGAACCCGAGACACAAGCAGCGCCAGUCGUAG